AUGAUCAGACACUGCUUUUUCCACCAGCUUGCUUUUCUCCUCAUUGUCUUGGCAGGAGCUCAAGACAGCCCCCAGGUCCAGCUGAAAAAUGGGAAAAAUCGAUGUACUGGAAGAGUGGAAAUUCUUUACAAUGGCACCUGGGGCACCAUUUGUGAUGACAAAGGGAAUGGAGCAAGUGUGAUAUGCCAACAGCUUGGCUGUGGACUUGUCCGCUUUUAUACAUUUGGUUAUGCUUUUGGAUUUGGAUCAGGGCCCAUUUGGCUGGGUGGCCUGAAUUGCACAGGAAAUGAGUCCCAUGUGUGGAAGUGCCCUUCCUGGGGAUGGGGCCCACAUAACUGCAGUCAUGAGAAGGAUGCAGGAGUCCUCUGUACAGGAUUUCUGCGUCUGGCUGGGCAAGAUGGACCCUGCUCUGGGCGAGUGGAAGUGAACUCUGGAGGACGGUGGACACCAGUGUCUGACGUGAACUUCACGCUUUCCACUGCCCAUGUUGUCUGUGCAGAGCUGGGCUGUGGCAAAGCUGUAUCUGUCCUGGGGAAUGUGACCAGAAGUGUCAGUGAGCAGGUCUGGGAUGAAGAAUUCCAGUGUGUGGGGCAGGAGCCUGAGCUCUGGUUUUGUCCCAGAGUUCCUUGUGCUGGAGGCAGCUGCCAAUAUGGUGGGGCCGUGGAGGUUGUCUGUUCAGACCGCCCACAGCUCCGCCUGAUAAAUGGAGGCAGUCGUUGUGCAGGAAGAGUAGAGAUCUUUCACCAGGACUCCUGGGGAACCAUCUGUCAUCGGUACUGGGACAUAACUGAUGCCAACGUAGUAUGCAAAGACCUGGGCUGUGGAGCAGCUGUGGAAGCUGUAUCCUCUGCUAAUUAUGGGGCUGGAUCUGGGCCCAUCUGGCUUGAAAGUCUGAGAUGCACAGGAGAAGAGUCCCAUGUGUGGCAGUGCCCUUCUCUUGGCUGGAACAAUACCUACUGCACUCACGAGGCUGAUGCUGGAGUCAUCUGCACAGGAUUUGUGCAUCUAUCUGGAGGAGAAGGACCCUGCUCAGGGCGAGUGGAAGUCAAUCUUGCAGGAGAUUGGAUUCCAGUGUCUGACAGGAACUUCACAUUUGCUACUGCCCAAGUCAUCUGUGCAGAACUGGAGUGUGGCAAAGCUGUGUCUGUUAUGAGGGCUGUGCCUUUUAGAGAGGUCAUUCCACAGGUGUGGAGUGAAGAGUUCUGGUGUGAGGGGCAGGAGCUUGGGCUGUGGUUCUGCCCCAGAGUACCCUGUCCUGGCGGCAGCUGCCAACAUAGUGGAGCUGUUGAAGUUGUUUGUUCAGAGUUCACUGAAGUCCGGCUUAUGAAAAACAGUACCUCCCAGUGUGAGGGCCAGGUGGAGAUGAACACUUCUGUGGGCUGGAGAGCACUGUGUGCAUCCCACUGGAGUAUGGCCAAUGCAGAUGUUGUGUGCCGCCAGCUGGGCUGUGGAAUUGCCAUCUCCACCCCAGAAGGAGGAAUGUACUUUGUGGAAGGAGACCAUGAGAUCUGGAAUGACCGAUUCUACUGCUCAGGUGUUGAGUCCUUCCUGUGGAGUUGCCCUGUGAUCGCCCUGGGUGUUCCUCCCUGUGCCCAAGGGAACACUGCUUCUGUGGUCUGCUCAGGAAACCGGACUCAGCUGCUGUCUCAAGGCAAAGAAUAUUUGUCAGAGGCAGAACGCUCUGCAUCCUCAGAGGACCUGACUAGUAACUCCCCAGACAGGAGAUACCUGCGACUGGUGGAUGGGCGUAGUCCCUGUGCAGGGAGAGUGGAGAUACUGCAUCAGGGAUCCUGGGGCACCAUCUGCGAUGACAGCUGGGACCUGAAUGAUGCCCAUGUGGUGUGCAGACAGCUGGGCUGUGGAGUGGCCCUCAAUGCCACGGUGUCUGCUCACUUUGGGCAAGGAUCAGGGGACAUCUGGCUAGAUGAGCUGAACUGCACAGGACAGGAGUCCCAUGUGUGGAAGUGCCCUUCACAGGGGUGGGGAGAACACAACUGCUGGCACAAGGAAGAUGCAGGAGUCAUCUGCUCAGCGUUCUUAGCUCUCAGGGUAGUGAGUGAAGAACAAGAGUGUGCUGGGUGGCUGGAAGUUUUCUACAAUGGGACCUGGGGCAAUGUCUGCCACAACCCCAUGGAAGACAUGACUUUGUCAGUGAUCUGCAGACAGCUUGGAUGUGGGGACAGUGGGACCCUCAACACUUCUGUUCCUGCUCAGCAAGGUUCUAGACCCCAUUGGGUGGAUGGAAUCCAGUGUCAGAAAACUGAUAUUUCUCUCUGGCAGUGUCCUUCUGACCCUUGGAACUCCAGAUCAUGCCUUCCAAAGGACGAAGCUUAUAUCACAUGUGCAGGACAAAGACUCAGGAGCUGUCCAGAAUCCACCCCCUGCACAGACAGAGACAAGCUGAGGCUCAGCGGUGGAGACAGCAAGUGCUCAGGGAGAGUGGAAGUGUGGCACAAAGACUCCUGGGGAACAGUAUGCGAUGACUCCUGGGGUCUGGCAGAGGCCGAAGUGGUGUGCCAGCAGCUGGGUUGUGGCCGUGCUCUGGACGCCCUGGGAGCUGCUGCAUUUGGCCCUGGAAAUGGAACCAUUUGGAUGGAUGAGGUGAAAUGCAGUGGCUGGGAGCCCUCUCUUUGGGCCUGUGGAAUGGCUCCCUGGGGACAGAGUGACUGCAAGCAUGAGGAGGAUGCGGGUGUGAGGUGUUCAGGUGAGUGCACAACUUCAGUCUCACCCUCUGUCCCUGGCAACUUCUCCUUGUAUGAGAUCCUCUGCAUCAUCCUUGGAACACUUCUCUUACUGAGCCUUAUCAUCUCGGCAACUCAAAUGGGAAUAUGGAAAGCAACACAUCAAGCCUUAUCCACUGAAGAUGCUGUUGAUGAGGCCUUGUACCAAGAGAUAGAGUAUCUAGUGAAAGCAGAAAAGAUGGAUUUUCUGGAUAAAGCAGGAACUGUGCCUGAUAAUUCGGAAGCUAAACUUCUAUAUUACACAGAAGACAAUGAGGACGAUGUUGGGCGUGAAUCAACCUCAGAACAUCCUUGGCAGCAUGGUGAUGCUACAGGAAAUGGUUAUGAUGAUGUUGGAGAGGUACUUGUUCUUGAAAUUCCUUCUUCCUAUGGGAGGAGUGAGAAGAACUUUGUUCCAGAAGAAAAAGAUGAUGCCAGAUAUUUCCAGACAGAUGGGCAACUGUCUUCAGUCUUACAAGAAACCACACUCUCUUUCAUGGAAGAGAAAGAAUCUCCAGUGGUUCUGAGACAAGAAGAAACUGCAUAUGAUGAUAUUGAGCUGGAUGCUACAUUAUGA